CGUAGCAGCAACUAGCAUGUCGGCCACACGGUCAGAGCGUGCCACUCCGGGCAAAACAUGGUCGAGCGAUGACGCCAGGCGCUAUGUCACGGAAUAGGAAUUCGGUCGUUUAACCCCAUUCGCCACCCGUUAUCUUUUACUUGUUGAUAAUAAUAUCAACAAUGCGUCCCGGGCUGAAUCAACAAGCCAAUGGACUAAGUCUCCCCGAUACCAUGGAUUCGUUCAAGAGGAGUAAGAGAAACUCCAUCAUUGUGACAGCAUUGCUGUUCAUUGUGUCCAUCCUUAUACUCACCAUUGGGCUGGCUGCAACCACCAGGACUAAGAACAUAACUGUUGGAGGGUACUACCCUGGAGUUAUUCUCGGUUUUGGAUCUUUUCUUGGGAUCAUCGGAGCCCACUUGAUUGAAAACAAAAGACAGAUGCUGGUGGCUUCUAUUGUGUUCAUAAGCUUCGGAGUUGUGGCUGCCUUGUGCUGUGCCAUUGUGGAUGGCGUGUUUGCAGCCAGGCACAUAGACCUCAGACCUUUCUAUGCUGGACGGUGCGAGUAUUACUCAAGCUCGACAUCAUUUGACCGAGAUGUCAACUGUCUAACAGCCUCACGUGUCUCCUGCAACCUGCGUGUAAAGAGUAACACCUGCUAUUGCUGUGAGCUCUACAAUUGUGGCAACCGGGUCGAGCUGAUGGGAGGUUACCACGAAUACACGGAUGUGCAAAGCUGCCAGGAUGUCAUACACCUCUAUCACCUGCUGUGGUCGGCUACCAUCCUCAACGUAGUGGCCCUCUUCCUGGGCAUCAUCACUGCAGCCGAGCUGGGAGGCUUCAAGGACAUGAUUCCCACAUCACCCUCUGAGAGCUGCGAACCUGAUCCCCUUCCUGUCCCUGCCCCCUGUGAUGCCCCACCCCUGACUACUUCCUACAACUCCUUCUUCAAUGGUGCCCCCUGCUUGCCACCGUAUACUGCCUAUGACCCUCAGGCCCGCAACACCACGGGCCUAUCUGAUGACUCUGGAGCGAGCUAUAUGUGGCCCAAUCAGGUCCCACCACGCUACUGCCCCCCCUACUACCCCCCUGAUGAAAAGCCUCCUCCAUACUCCCCUUAACUGGCACACCGUUAGGGAGGGGACCCUGAUCCUCCCUUCGGUACUACUUUCUUCAACCGGGGGAAGCCAAGGAUGAGAUGAGAGGAGGGCCAUCUAGUUCUGCCCCAGCCAUGACAGUGGUUGUGAACCCCUCCCUAUCUCUGGCUGCCCAAGAGCCAAGAGCAAGGGAGGCUACGGUUGCUUGGGGACCAUGACAGACCCACUCGUGUUGUACCUACAUGUAGGCAAUGGGGCUGUCCCUCUCGGCGUGGGUUUACCAAAGCAGCACCUGCUCUGUGCUAAUCCGCACUGAGGGGGGAAUGGGGGUCAUAAACAGGAGUUUGGGGGCAGGGCAAGAUAAUAAUCACAGUAAUAGAAGAUGUUUAUGUGUUGCUUUAAAGCAGGGGUGUCUAAUUCAAUAUUAUUUGUGGUUUCCUUUCAAUCAGCAUCUAAUUAAGGCCUUGAGAAUGAGGAUUCUUUAGCCAAUCCAUGACUUAAAAAAUCUCCAGCGAAUCGCUUGUUAUGAAACACAUCGAAAAAUGACAGACAACUGCAGGACUGGAUUCUGACACCUGUGCACUAAGGUGUUAUCAGAUUUUAUUUCAAUAUUCAUUUUCAUGCAAUAUUGAAUAAAACCAGGAACAUUAUAAGCUACACAUUACAUCUGGUAAGCCAUACCGGAAUCUCCCAUCACUCUCUCAGUAGGGACUGUUUACAGAUCUGCCUUAAUGACUGCUCUGCUGGUCUGUACUGGAUCUCAAUGGAUCUUCAGCUGUGGAAUCCUCCAUGGACAAUAUCAGUGAAACUUGCCUGACUGCCACUUUCUCUAUGCCACCAAAUUUCUUGUUUAACCAUAUUUAAUAACCUAUCUGACUAUACCACUACUAAUUAAGUUUGAAUUAUUACCAGUGUUAAUAAAUUAGGGUUAAGACAGACAGUAACAUAUCCGCAUAUCAGUGCAUACUGUGCAGCUCCAUUUGCUUCUAUGGUUAGUUAACUUCUGGUUGGCACCAAUGCCUGGAUACAUCAGUCUUACUUGUCCUUUUGUUAUUAAUGUUGGUCACAAUUAACCUGCCUGUUGGUCUCAAUUCAAGUCCACUACUUCCUGUUACUACCACCUCUUAAAGUGUCUCCUCUCUGUUGGUUUCACUGCCUUUUCGUAUUCAGUACAGUGUUGAAGAAAUCAGUUUGAGCAUACUUUCCAAAUACUGGAACUGUAAAAUCUGGAACAAUAUUUGCAAAUGCUUAUGUAAAUAUCAUUCCAUUCAUUGUAAAUUCAUUGGCCAGUGUCUCCAAAUGCAUAGUAUAGGCUAUGUAUACAGAUUUAACGUCAUUCAGAUAUGUCAGGAAUGCUACAAACUACUUGUGUCAGAAAAAUAUAUAAUUGGUAUCAAAGCUAUUCAUUCGAAGUACAAUAUGCAUUGCUCUUUAGUGCAAGUGCAAGUUUCAGAAAGUAUGACGAGCAAAAUGUUAAGCCUGGUGGCCACUGUGGAAACAGGAAUGGAACAAUGCUAUUGAAUUAUAUUAAAUUAAUUUGUAAUCUAAAAGACAGUACAUUUCAUUUACUUUGAAGGAAACAAGUUGUCUUAUAUAUGAUUACUCCAGUGCAGUAUCAUGGUUAUUGAUACACUAUUAAACAAUGCCUUGUACAAUCCAUCCAUCCAUCAUAACCCGCUUAUCCGGAGUCGGGUCGCGGGGGCAGUAGGCAAAGCCGGGUAUUCCAGGCGUCCCUCUCCCCAGCAACGCAUUCUAGCUCCUCCUGGGGGAUCCCGAGGCGUUCCCUGGCCAGGAGAGAUAUAUAAUCUCUCCAGCGGGCUCUGGGUCUCCCUCGGGGUCUCCGCCCAGUUGGACGAGCCCGGAAAACCUCCAAAGGGAGGCGCCCGGGAGGCAUCCUGAUCAGAUGCCCGAACCACCUCAAUUGGCUCCUUUCGACGCGAAGGAGCAGCGGCUCUACUCCGAGCUCCCUCCGGAUGUCCGAGCUCCUCACCCUAUCUCUAAGGCUGAGCCCGGCCACCCUAAGGAGGAAGCUCAUUUUGGCCGCUUGUAUACGCGAUCUCGUUCUUUCGGUCACUACCCAAAGCUUGUGACCAUAGGUGAGGGUUGGGACGUAGAUCGACCAGUAAAUCGAGAGCUUCGCCUUCCGGCUCAGCUCCUUCUUCACCACAACGGUCCGGUGCAACGCCCGCAUUACUGCUGACUCUGCACCGAUCCGACUGUCGAUCUCACGCUCCCUUCUACCCUCACUCGUGAACAAGACCCCGAGAUACUUGAACUCCUUCACUUGGGGCAAAGACUCGUUCCCAACCCGGAGGGAGCAAUCCACCGUUUUCCGGCAGAGAACCAUGGCCUCGGACUUGGAGGUGCUGACUCUCAUCCCGGCCGCUUCACACUCGGCUGCAAACCGCUCCAGUGCGUGCUGAAGGUCACGGUCCGAUGAAGCCAGCAGAACCACAUCAUCCGCAAAAAGCAGAGAUGCGAUUCUGAGGUCACCAAACCGGACACUCUCCUCACCUCGGCUGCGCCUUGAGAUCCUGUCCAUGAAUACCACAAGCAGGACCGGUGACAAGGGGCAACCUUGGCGGAGUCCAACACCCACCGGAAACGUGCUUGACUUUGUGCCGAGAAUGCGGACACAGCUCUCACUUUGGUUAUACAGGGACCUGAUGGCUCGUAACAACGGCCCCGGUACCCCAUACUCCCGCAGUACACCCCACAGGGUUCCCCGGGGGACACAGUCGAAAGCCUUCUCCAAGUCCACAAAGCACAUGUGGACUGGAUGGGCAAACUCCCAUGACCCCGCCAGCAACCCUGCCAAGGUAAAGAGCUGGUCCACUGUUCCACGGCCAGGACGGAAGCCACAUUGCUCCUCCUGAAUCCGAGGUUAGACCGUCACGACACUGAAGAGGCGUGUCAGCCAAGACAGCCCAACAAUGUCCAGAGCCUUCAGCAUCUCAGGGCGAAUCUCAUCUACACCCGGCGACUUGCCACUGAGGAGCUUUUUGACUACCUCAGCAACUUCUGCCAGGGAUAUAGGUGCAGAUUCCCCCGAGUCUUCAGGCUCUGCCUCUUCCACAGAGGACGUGUUGUUCGGGUUCAGGAGCUCCUCGAAGUGCUCUUUCCACCGCCCGACAAUAUCCCCAGUCCGGGUCAGCAGUUCUCCUCCCCUGCACCUGUCUGCUGCUUCAGGGGACCCCCAGGCCAGCCAAGCCCGAAAGGCCUCCUUCUUCAGCUUGACGGCCUCCCUCACCGCUGGUGUCCACCAGCGAGUUCUUGGGUUGCCGCCCCGACAGGCACCGAUGACCUUCUGGCCACAGCUCCUGCUUGCCGCCCCUGCAAUGGAGGCUUUGAACAUGGCCCACUCGGACUCCAUGUCCCCAGCUUCCCCCGGGAUGCGUGAGAAGUUCUUCCGGAGGUGGGAGUUGAAGACCUCGCGAACAGGGGCCUCCGCCAGACGUUCCCAGUUCACCCUCACUACACGUUUGGGUUUACCGGGUCUGUCAGGCAGCCUCCCCGGCCACUUGAUCCAACUCACCACGAGGUGGUGAUCAGUUGACAGCUCUGCUCCUCUCUUCACCCGAGUGUCCAAGACAUACGGCCGCAGGUCUGAUGAUACGACCACAAAGUCGAUCAUCGAUCUUUGGCCUAAGGUGCUCUGGUACCAAGUACGCUUAUGAGCUGCCCUAUGCUCGAACAUGGUGUUUGUUAUCGACAAUCCAUGACCAGCACAGACGUCCAAUAACAAAACACCGCUUGGGUUCAGAUCAUGCAGGCCGUUCCUCCCAAUCACCCCCCUCCAGGUUUCUCCGUCAUUGCCCACGUGAGCGUUGAAGUCGCCCAGCAGAACUAUGGAGUCUCCGGGUGGCACCCUUUCCAGGAUGCCACCCAGUGACUCCAAGAAGGCCGGAUACUCUGAACUGCCAUUUGGUGCAUAAGCACAAAUGACAGUCAGAGCCUUCCCCCCAGCGACACGUAGUCGCAGAGAGGCGACCCUCUCGUUCCCCGGGUGGAACUCCAACACAGUGGCGCUCAGCCGGUGGCUUGUGAGUAUCCCCACACCCGCCCGGCGCCUCUCACCUUGAGCAACUCCAGAAAAGAACAGAGUCCAGCCCCUCUCCAGGAGUUUGGUUCCGGAACCAGUACUGUGCGUUGAGGUGAGCCCAACUAUAUCUAGUUGGUACCGCUCCGCCUCCCGCACUAGCUACGGUUCCUUCUCCACCAGAGAGGUGACGUUCCACGUCCCCAGAACCAGUCUGCGACGCCGAGGAUCAGCACGCCCGGAUCCCCGCCUUUGCCUACUGCCCGUUGGGCAAAGCACCCGACUCCGAUGCCGACCCCUGCAGGUGGUGAGCCCACAGGGCGGCGACCCCACGUGACCAGUUCGGGCUGUGCCCGGCCGGGCCCCAUGGGAUAAGGCCCGGUCACCAGACGCUCGCCGACGAGCUCCCCUCCCGGGUCUGGCUCCAGCAGGGGACCCCGGUUUCCCUUUUCCGGGCGAGGUAACUGGGUCUUUGUGUGGCCGUGUCAUGGGAGUCUUUGAAUCGCUCUUAGUCCGGCCCCUCCCCCGGGACCAAUUUGCCUUGGGAGACCCUACUGGGGGCUAACAGUGCCCCCGACAACCUAGCUCCCAGGAUCACCGGGACACACAAACCCCUCCACCACGUUAAGGUGGCGAUUCCUCGGAGGGGGAUCAAUGUACAAUCCAGAAUAUCUAAAUCCUAAAAUAUAUGUAAUGUUGCAGCACAGUGAUUCCUGUAUUUCCGAGUGACUUCAACAUUCAAGAAAAACAGAAAGGUGAAAAUUCAGGAAUGUUGUCAGUGUUCUUCAGUAAUGCAGUUAGUUGUCUUAGGGUAGAUUUAUACAGAAACUUUAUUUGUGACAGAAAUACAAAAUACCAGUUAUAAAAGGUUGCUGUAAUAUCUUUCUCUUUCCAAACAUGUCUUCCUUAAAUACUUAACAGUUAUAAUAAGCUACUUUUAAAACCAUAGCUACAUUGGAAAUCCAAGCCUGUAAUACCAAAUAUUGAAUCCAUUGCCACUAUACUGCUUUUAGAUGCAGAGGUAACUUUUCCCGCAGUCACUCCUAUGAUAAUAAUGUGUACCUGUAUUUCACUGUGCAAAUACACCAGUGUUAACCAGAGUGGGAGAUCUCAAACAGAACUGGAAUAAUUUAUUCUCCAACUAGUGACAAUGCCAAAAUUAAUGAAACAUUUUGUAUCUGAAUCAAGCCUUAGAAGGAAAGCAGACUACAAUGAAGGAGUAAUUUGAAGUGUGGCACUUUGGUUUUAAGAUUAUAUUGUUAACACCCAUGGCUCCAUCGUGGCUGUGUUCAUUAUCUACCUACAUAGUGAUUUUUGUCAUGCAUAGUGCUGCCCUACAAUAAACGGACAUAAUAGUUGUUUCACCCAGGUUGCUAGCUCUUACUGUGCAUUUAUUUUAAAUUCCUGCUGCUUAUUUGCAAAUCAACCCACUAUUACAAUUACAUUUAAUUGCAUGUGUUGCUCACAAACAAAUUUAAAAGUAAAGUUGUUCUGUUUAUUAAUGA